GGUUGCGUCCUCCGUAGACGAGGUGGACGCGACAUCCGAGUACCUUCUCCUCAGGAGGUCAGAAGAACCACCCGCAGAUGGAACCGUAGCGGGCGGACGAGAGGACGGGGCAGGUUGGUCAGGAUGGGACCGGUGGAAGUCAGAUGAGACGGGCGUCCACGAUGAAGGGAGCCGGGAUCCAGGAGAACUCCUCCGGACCGUACCCCUCCCAAUCCCCCAGAUACUGGACCCCACAUCCACGGCGGCGGGAGCGGAGGAGACGCCAGACAGUAAAUACCGGGCCUCCGUCGACAAGCCGAGGGGGAGGAGGGGGCGGAAAGGGAGGAGCCCUUAUCUGAUUGUGCACGCACAAUCUGAAGCGGUGCACUGCUCGGCGGCUGCACUGCGACCCAGUCAGCCGUGUAUGCCUUAAUGUUUCGUGUUUUUGUCUCGGUUUAAUGUUAAUGUUUAUGUCAAGUCCUUACAUGCCCGGGAAUGUGUAGGAUGAGAGCCUUGAAAACCGUUCUGCUUAUCCUGCUGUGGACUAUCAGCUCCAGUGGACGAUGUGGGUCAGUUGAACCUCAGGCUCAACUCAACAGCAACACAAACAGCCGGCGUGAGGAAGCGCCCCGGUGCAUCCCGGUGUAUACAGCCGGGAUGCACUGCUGUCGCUGCGACCAGAGCCCAACACAACCAACGCGGGUCACAUCUACCCACCAGUGUUGGAUAACAUCCCCGAGGAGCUGAUCCGGAAGAGAAGGAAGCGGAAACGGGGGAGAAGGGGGGGCACUCGAGUUCGACUACGGAGGAGAUUCACCCGCCCACCACCAGUGUUGGGCAAGUUACUUCCAAAAUGUAAUAUAUUUCAUAUUACUAGUUACUUGCAUUUGAAAGUAAUAAGUUUCUUUACAAUAUUACCUUCUGUGUAGAGUAAUAAGUAAUAAGUUACUUAUUACUUUCACCAAAAUCAACAUUCAGGACAAGGCGGAUGGGGGGGGCAAACAUUAAAGUCUAAUGAGGUCUAUAUUGCAUCUGCAUGUAGUGUGUACCAUGAAUAGCUGAAUUACAAUAAUGUUAUGAUAUAGAAUAAUUAAACAACCAAAACCUUUACACGACAAGACACACUCUUUUUCUAUGCCUCAUUUAUUAGCUCCUGAGUUACAAAGUGCAGCCACACAAACAUUUAACAAAAAAGUUGGAUUCCCAUGAAAUCAAACAUGUUAAUAGUUUAUACUAUUUCAAUAAUAAAAUAAAAGUGCACUUCAAGAAUGACGUCUAACAGCCACCAGACAGGGCAUGUUUUGUAAGUAUUUUAGAACCUGAGCAUAUAUCCUGCCCUGAAAUAGCAGUAAAUAGCAGUAAUAAAAAAGAGCAUGAGAACAGCAUAAAUAAUGAAACACAUUCAACAUUUCAGUCCCACAGAGACUUUACAAGGAACUUAUGCUUAGAGCCUAUUAAUGUUUUGGUUAGGACCAAACAACAAAGUCUUAAUAGACAAAAUAUACAGCCAAACAAGGGCUGGAGUUUGUGUGGCUCGGAUUGUAACCAAGCCCCCAGGAACACUGCAUACUUCCGCAAUCCACCAGUGCUCAGCGGCCAAGCCUGGUAUUGCAGUUGUUUAAGAGGGCUGUGGACGGGUCCCUCAAAUCAUUGGACCCAGAAGUAGAUAUCUCCGUUCACUCCAAUACAAGUGGGGAACAGGAAUGUGUCUCCGCAAAAAAUUUCUGGAUAUCAAUCAAAGGCUCAUAAUUACCUUAAAUGCCAUGUCCUCAAAACGCCACCUCAAGCGUUUUAUUAGCCGUUAUCUCGCUGGGGAAGAGGGGUGUGCAGCUGAAAGGAGUCGUAGUGAAACAAAUGGCAUCCGAGAGGGCCUAGUUCAGUGCUCCGUUAACGUGUCCGAUUUUUGGACUGGUUCAUCUGCUGCUCAAUAACUCUCACGGUCCUCUGCUUGCGAUCAUUGUGAUUCAUCAUGUAUUGAUCCAUUUAUUCAAAAGAUCCAAAGACAAAGAUUGUUGUUGGACCGGAGUGGGGGGAUGGGCACGCAUGCGUUCUAUAUUUCUGCAUCCGGUAUGUCACGGACUAGGCCACGUGUCUUGGCCCCAUAACGCGGAAGCAAAUCGCUCCUGUAUGUUACCCUGCGCCACUGAGCAGUUUGUAUAUGAAUGAAUGGGCGGCCACUUUCCAGUCUGUGGUCCAUCCUUUAUUAUGUCCAUGACUGUAACGCGUUACCGGACUCAGUAACUGUAAUAAUAUUACCGAAAUAUAGUUAGUAAUGCGUUAUAUUACUCCGUUACUGCCUAAAUGUAAUAUAUUACGGUAACGCGUUACUUUUGCAACGCGUUACGCCCAACACUGCCCACCACUACCCUCUAUCGUUCUCACCAAUGUGAGAUCCCUUCACAACAAAAUCGCCACGGUACGGACAUACACAAGGUACAGUCUUGAUUUCCGUGAGGCAUCACUGUUGGUUUUCACGGAAAGCUGGUUAAAGCCAUCAAAGCCAGACUCACUCUAUGAAGUCCCUGGAUUCACUCUGGUGCGAAUGGACAGGGGAGGGGGGAGUUGCUACGGUGGUGUAUGUGUGUACAUCAAUGAUCUCUGUUGUCGUGCCUACUCAAUAAAAACGAGGAUAUGUGACGAUCCCAAUGUAGAGAUCCUGGGCAUGACUUUAAGACCAUUCUACUCGCCCCGCGAGUUUGGGUGCAUCUUACUGUUUGCUGUUUAUGUCCCCCCGAAAGGGCCGGGAAGAGCUGCACAGGCAGCAAGGACCAUCGCUGACUGUGUACAUGAACUGCAACUGCAGUACCCAGAAGCACCAGCAGUUGUCCUCGGAGAUCUGAACCAGUGUUUUGUAGACACUGUGCUGCCGGGAUUUGAACAAUACGUCCAGGAUACCACCAGAAAAAAUAAUAUAUUGGACAAGUGCUAUGUAAACAUUGAAAAUGCAUAUGUAGCCAGGGUUGGGCCGCCUAUAUCGACCUCUGAUCAUAAUGUUGCGUGCAUUACUCCAGUCUCUAAAUCAAAACUAAAAAGAGGAAAGCCUGUGAAGAAAGUAGUUAGGACAUGGACAAAUGAAAGCAAGGAACAACUAAAAGCAUGCCUUGACUUGACAGAUUGGGACACUUUUAGUUGCGGUUCAUUGGAUGAAAUUACCACAGUCACAAAUGAUUAUAUUAAUUUUUGUGUAGAGCUUGUUGUUCCCACAAAGGAGAUAAAAAUCUAUCCUAAUAAUAAAUCCUAUGUGACCAAAGAUAUACAAGAAAUAAUACAUGAGAGGAAAACAGCCUUCAUAAAUAAAGACUUUGGAGCACUAAAAUUGGCAGAGAAAAAGCUAAAAAACAGAAUUAGACAAGCAAAAUCGGCACAUAGACAGCGUUUGGAAGACACAUUCAAUUCUAAUAAUCACAAAAAGACAUGGGACACAAUGAAAUCUAUGACAGGAAUGUCAUCCCCAUCCAAACCGAUUUUGACAGAAAAUGAAGGUGCCUUAAGCAAUGACCUAACCACAUUCUUUGCUAGAUUUGAAUCAUUAGAUAAUUCCUCAAAGUGCACUGAGAUACUUAAGGCUGUAAUACCUGCCCCCUCAGACAGAAUUACCAUCACUGAAGAGGAUGUGAGAAGGGUGUUUCGGUGUACUAAUACAGGGAAAGCUAAUGGGCCAGAUGAGUGCAGUGCUUUCCUCCUCAAGAACUUUGCAUCUGAGCUGGCUCCAGUGUGGCAACCUAUAUUCCAAAUCUCUGUAGACACACACACAAUCCCUCUGUCUUGGAAAACCUCCUACAUAAAACCACUACCAAAAAUCCGAUGUCCAAAAGAGCAUAAGGAUUAUAGACCCAUAGCCCUCACUUCAGUGAUCAUGAAAUCACUUGAAAGAAUACUGCUACAAUAUCUUGUUAGUUUAACCAAAGAGAAACUUGACCCCUGUCAGUUUGCUUAUAAAAAGGGCUGCGGUACAGAGGAUGCGGUCGCCACACUGGUCCACCUGAUUACAAAACAUCUAGAUCAGUCUAAAGACAACUAUGCAAGGGUGUUGUUCUUGGACUUUUCUUCAGCCUUCAACACGAUACAGUCUGAUAUAUUGGUGUCAAAGAUGGUCCAGUUAGAACUGAAUCCAUAUUUGAUUCACUGGUAUGCAUGUUUCUUAACCAACAGAGUACAGAGAGUAAAGGUGAACAGAACCCUUUCCUCAGCAUUAACUACAAAUGUUGGCGCUCCACAGGGUUGUGUAAGCUCAGCUGUACUCUUCACUCUUUAUACUGACAGUUGUCGUACUGAAGAAUGUCUGUCCGAGGGUAGGAGCAAAGGACCAGAUCAGUACAUUCUAAAGUACUCUGACGACAGUUUUAAUUUCUCUUUUAAAUAGUUUCAGUGACCCUGGACUGCACCAGCAGAGAGUAAAUAAGGUGGUUGAAUGGAGUGAUAAAAACGCUCUCAUCAUAAACACAAAAAAGACAGAAGAGAUUGUUUUUGGUGCACCACUGGAGAUAUGCAAAUCUCCUAUUACUAUUCAUAGUGAACAGAUCGAUCAGGUAUGUUCAUACACAUACCUAGGAGUAGUAAUAGACCAUCUUCCUUCCUGGAAAGAUCAGAUUGAAUCAGUGUGUAAGAAAACAAAGCAAAGAAUCUAUUUCCUUCGGUGCCAGUAGAAGGAUUCUUCUUUUGUUUUUCACUUCUGUCAUUAUGAGUGUUCUUCAGUACUGCAGUACCACCUGGUAUGGAUGUCUGUCUUUAGCCCUUAAGUCAGAAAUGUUACAACAACUAAACAUUUGUUCAAAGAUUGUUGGACAACCACUUCAGGAGCUGUAUACUUCCACGUAUGACUACAGCAUGCUGAGGUUGGCAAAAAACAUCACCUCAAACACUAGUCAUGUUUUGUAUAGUGAAUACAGGUUAUUGCCCUCAGGAAGGAGAUACGAGGUACCACUUUUCAAGAAGGUUAGACUAAAAAAGUAUUUUGUCCAUCAAUCGACUUUGAUGCUAAACCGGAGAUAGGCCAAGUGGUGGACAAUGUGCUCUCGACUAUCUGUACCCAUGUAUGUACAUUUGUUGUGUUUCAAUGUGUCAUGUCAAUGUGUGUAAUUCAUGUUUUCUGUUUUUACAUGCAACGGCUGCUGGGUCGCAAGACAAAUUUCAGCACUGCUGACGAAUAAAGUUCAUAUCAGUAUCAGUAUCAGCCAGAGGGCUUUCCUGGACGGGUUUGACCCUGGAGACAUAGAAGGUUGGGGGGAUCCUCAUGGAACGAGAAAGCUGAAGGCGUACCGCCUCUGGGUUUAUGAUGCAGGUUAUGGGAAAUGGUCCUAUGAACUUGGGGGCCAGCUAGCGACUCUCCACUUUAAGGGGCAGGUCACGGGUGGAGAGCCAGGCCUUCUGGCCAAGUUGAUAGACAGGGGUCGGCGUGCAGCGUUUGUUUGCAGCAGCAGAGUGGUGAUCUGCAGACUUGGAGAGAGCAGC